AUGACGGUAGCAAGCCUCGUCGAAGUUGAUAUUGGUGGAGAACUUUUGACAAAAAGCAGUAAUCUUUCCGACGAUGGUUUGCUUCUCAUCCUCAGCAAAGGAGAAAAAUUGCAUUCUUGGAUUGAUUACGACGAAGAAUCGAAGAGAAUAGAGGUCAGGCUUUGCCAGGAUAAGGAUCCGAAGGAAGCAUCCCCUUCGAUCUCUCACUCUAUCGAUUUGUCUUACAUGUUGUGGAGGGAGGCGUCUUGGGUGGGUUUAUCUUCCUGGAGUGGCAAUUCUAGUCAUGGCAGUAGCAUAUACUCGUGGAAUUUUACAGAGAAGAGAUUUGUGACAGAGCAGGAGUCCAUGUCCAUUGAUGUAAUAAGGAAGGCAUACCAAGUAACAGAAGAGGGGUUUAUUUCCUUGGUGACCAAACAAUGGCCUGUGAAGCCUCAGAUUGCAGCUGUUGGCUCAUGCUGUCUAGUUGGGGUAAUCUGCGGUGGAUUUGGCUCCUCGGGGAAUUAA